CGGGCCCGGAGUCGGCGGCGGCCGGAGCGGGGAGAGGAGCGCGCGGACCCGCAGCAUCCUCUGGACCCGCAGCAUCCUCUGGACCCGCAGCAUCCCCGCACCCGAGCGGCCACAAAGGGCGGGACAGAGGAGGGUGGAGGAGGGGGAAAACCCACCGCCCCACCGCAGCCGCGGCGAAUUCUCGGAGAUCUUGAGCCCGACCCUCGGCGGAUCCGCAUCCCGGCUCCCUCCAUCCCCCGGCGCUGCGGGCACAGCAUGGGCGGAGGAGCCCCGCGCCUGGACCCGCGGCUGCUGCUGCUGCUGCUGGGGCUCUGCGGCUGGAGCACCGCGCUGCGAGGCAAUGAGAACAGCGAGGCCCUCCCGGAGUCCAUCCCCUCCGCCCCCGGGACGCUCCCGCACUUCAUGGAGGAGCCCGACGACUCCUACAUCAUCAAGAGCAACCCCAUCGUGCUGCGCUGCAAGGCCAAGCCAGCCAUGCAGAUCUUCUUCAAGUGCAACGGGGAGUGGGUCCACCAGAACGAGCACGUGUCCGAGGAGAGCCUGGACGAGGCCACCGGGCUGAAGGUCCGGGAGGUUUUCAUCAACGUCACGAGGCAGCAGGUGGAGGAUUUCCAUGGCCCAGAGGAUUACUGGUGCCAGUGCGUGGCCUGGAGCCACCUGGGCACCUCCAAGAGCAGGAAGGCGUCCGUGCGCAUCGCGUAUCUGAGGAAGAACUUUGAGCAGGACCCGCAGGGGAAGGAGGUUCCCAUCGAGGGGAUGAUUGUCCUGCACUGCCGACCCCCUGAGGGGGUCCCUGCGGCCGAGGUGGAGUGGCUGAAGAACGAGGAGCCCAUCGACUCCAACCUGGACGAGAACAUCGACACCAGGGCCGACCACAACCUCAUCAUCCGCCAGGCGCGGCUCUCGGACUCGGGCAACUACACCUGCAUGGCUGCCAACAUCGUGGCCAAGAGGAGGAGCAUGUCUGCCACCGUGGUGGUGUACGUGAACGGGGGGUGGUCGUCGUGGACAGAGUGGUCCAACUGCAACGCCCGCUGCGGUCGGGGUUGGCAGAAACGCUCCCGGACCUGCACCAACCCUGCCCCCCUCAACGGGGGGGCCUUCUGUGAGGGCAUGUCUGUGCAGAAAAUCACCUGUACCUCCCUCUGCCCCGUGGAUGGCAGCUGGGAGGUGUGGAGCGAGUGGUCUGUGUGCAGCCCCGAGUGUGAGCACCUGAGGGUCCGCGAGUGCAUCGCUCCCCCGCCCCGCAACGGGGGCAAGUUCUGCGAGGGGCUGGGCCAGGAGUCAGAGAACUGCACCGAGGGGCUCUGCAUCCAAGAUAAAAAACCUCUUCAUGAAAUAAAAUCCCAAAAUCUGGAGACUGCCAGUGACAUCGCGCUGUACUCGGGGCUGGGGGCGGCAGUGCUGGCCGUGGCCGUGCUGGUGGUGGCCGUGACGCUCUACAGGCGCAGUCAGAGUAACUCCCUGCUCCUGAACUCCUCCAUGCAGCCCGACCUGACCGUGAGCAGGACCUACAGCGGCCCCAUCUGCCUGCAGGACCCCCUGGACAAGGAGCUCAUGACGGAAUCCUCCCUGUUCAACCCCCUGUCCGACAUCAAGGUCAAGGUGCAGAGCUCCUUCAUGGUGUCCCUGGGGGUGACGGAGCGGGCGGAAUUCCACGGGAAGGCUCAUCCCGGGACCUUCCCCCACGGGAACGUUCCCCACCGAGCCUUUGGGACCGUGCAGGGCAGGAACAAGGCCGUGUACAUCCAGAACCUGGCCUCCAUCUCCACCUCCAGCGAGCUCAGGACCACGGCCCUUUUCGGGCACCUGGGGGGUCGCCUGGUGGUCCCAAACACAGGAGUCAGUCUGUUGAUCCCACAUGGAGCUAUUCCUGAAGAGAGUUCUUGGGAAAUCUACCUUGCCAUCACUCAGAAGGAGUCCAGCCUGCAGCCCGAGGGCUCGGCCGUGCUGCUGGGGCCGGAGGUGACCUGUGGGCCCUCGGAGGUGUCCGUGAGCACCCCCUUCGCCCUGACCAUCCCCCACUGCGCCCACGCCGACCCCGAGCACUGGAACAUCCACCUCAAGAGGAGGACCCAGCAGGGGAAGUGGGAGGAAGUGAUGUCUGUGGAAGAGGAAACUACUUCUUGCUACUGCCUGUUGGAUCCUUAUGCCUGUCACAUUCUCUUAAACAGCUUUGGAACUUAUGCCCUAAUUGGGGAACCCAUCUCUGACUGCGCCGUUCGACAGCUGAAAGUCGCCGUUUUUGGCUGCCUGUCUUGCAAUUCUCUGGAUUACAAUCUGAGAGUUUAUUGCAUGGAUAACACCCCUUGUGCAUUCCAGGAGGUGGUUUCGGAUGAAAGGCUCCAAGGAGGACAAUUGCUGGAGGAACCAAAACUCCUGCAUUUUAAAGGAAAUACCUGCAGCCUCCAGAUCUCAGUCCUUGAUAUCCCUCCCUUCCUUUGGAGAAUUAAACCAUUUACUGCGUGUCAGGAGGUGCCGUUCUCGCGGGUGUGGCGUGGCAGUGCCCGGCCCCUGCUCUGUGCCUUCUCCCUGGAGCGCUACAGCCCCGGCACCACCCAGCUCAGCUGCAAGGUCUGUGUGAGGCAGCUCAAGGGCCACGAGCAGGUCCUGCACGUCCAGACCUCCAUCCUCGAGAGUGAAAGAGAAACCAUCACCUUCUUUGCACACGAGGACAGCAACUUCCCUGCCCAGGUGGGUCCCAAGGCUUUCAAAAUCCCCUUCUCCAUCCGGCAGCGGAUCUGUGCCACCUUCGACACCCCCAGCGCCAAGGGCAAGGACUGGCAGAUGCUGGCACAGAAAAACAGCAUCAACAGGAAUCUCUCCUACUUUGCCACCCAGAGCAGCCCCUCCGCCGUCAUCCUGGACCUGUGGGAAGCCCGGCACCAGCAGGACGGGGACCUGGACUCGCUGGCCUGUGCCCUGGAGGAGAUUGGGAGGACACACUCCCAACUCCCCGACCCCCCAGAGCCCGAGCUGGAGGAGCCCGACUUCAGCUACAGCCGCCAGAACGGGCUUUAGCCCCUUCCCACUCCAGAACUCUGGGACUGUGACACUGGAGGGAGGAAGGAAGGGGGUUCUGCACCCAUGGGUGCCCUGUCCCACAGAGCAGUUUGCAGUGGGAGGAGCAGAAGCAGCCCUGCUAAAAAAAAAAAAUCACCUGGUGGUGAGGAAAACACGACCUUCUCCCCGUCCUCCCCUCCUUUAAAACUCGCCUGGUAAAGUCCAAAACAAAAACUGCACAUCUGUCAAUCCUGGGGCAGGAAGGGGAAAACACAGAGCCGUGGGAGGUAAAUGUUCUGACAGUGUAUAGUUAGGAACAGUAAUGCUGAUAUAAUGCCCAGUGAAAAACAACAAAUAUGAUGGUGGAUGUUUAGAGCCACUGGAGGUUAAUCCUGGUUUAAAGGUUUGUCUCUUCAAGAGUGGUUUAAAUCCCAUUUGAGAGCAUCACGUUGUCACUUUAUGUCUGCUACAGGAAAACUGACAAUUUGGCCUUAUCCUGUUCAGAUGUUUGAGGAAUUAGAAGAUUCUCAUAAUUAUUCCAUAUCAUGUGUAUUCCAGACCAUUUCUUUUAAAAAUCCAAUCCCUUAAUGAAUGUACAUUUGCUGCAGAGCUUUCCUGCCUGCUCUGUUCCCAAAAUUACAGACCAAAACCCCUCUCUGUGAAAUUGGGGUGUUGCACACACAAGAGGAACUUUCUGAUUUUCUUGGUUUGCAAACUCUGACUUGGUCAAUAACUGUUUCCUUGGGGGGUGGAUUUAAAUAACCAAAUAACACGUGGGAAAUUUCCAACCCUACUUUAGCAAGUUUACACAUUUUUAUUUUUUUUUUAUUAUUAUUCCUUCAUUUUCUGGGGUUAAACUAAGUGAAGGUGAAGUCAAUCAGCACAGCUUAAUUUUGGUUUGGUUUCAGGCUGAAACAAUAAACCCCACCUGGUACUGCCAGAAAUGGGCUCGAUUCCUUUGCACAGCUUGGGAAUGCCAGGGGAUGUAAAGCUGGCUGGGUUACACCUGGUUUAGCCACAAAUUGCAUUUCCCACCCCAAUCAGAAUCCAGCUGGAGAAUUCGCCUUAUUUUUUUACCCAUUUCAUACAAAUGUAAUUUCUUACUUCGACCAAACCAAAAAGAGCUGUCACUGUGAGCGGGGGGCCUGGUGGGACUGGUGCUGAGCCAAAUUUAACCCCUAUUUUCACUCCUGUCCUUUACAAUCAGCCAAGGUGCUCGUUGGGUCGGUGUGGGCGACAGGAGCACGUUCAGGAGAAAGCAGGAACAGAAAGGAGGCUUCAGGAGCUUUAUGGAAAUGAAAGGAACUGAAAAGGGGCAGUCUGGGGCUGUUUCACCCUUGUUUUUUGCCCAGAGCUGCACAAUAGGCCACAGGGUAGGUACAGAGAGCAAAUCUCUUAAUAAUCUGAAGCUGUUCUUUACCCAGGAUUCCAGGUCUGAAAAGUCUGACCAACAACUCUGGACUUGUUCCUGCUGCUCUGGAACUGCAAAUGUCAUUAUUGCCUUCCCAGCUCAGCAGGCUUGGAAUAGUCUGAGACUUAUAAAUACUGAGACUUCUGCAAAGGUUUUCUGCACUUUAGGAUUUCACAGAGCCUGACAGGCUGGUUGCUGUUUGCAGGGGGAGCAGGUUUGGGGCUGAGACACAAACACCAGCUCGUUUGGCAGCAGGCUGUCACUGCUUUUAGCAGCACAUGGUUCUAUCUGGGUUUGAAUUACAUUUCUAGUGACUGCCAGUCCUCCUCCUCAGGAACCUGUUCUUCAUUGGACAAAAUGCUGGGAAUUAGGGAAAGAAAAAAAAAGACCAAAAUAAGGAAUGGCACCCAGAGCUGCUGUUGUCUGGGAAACCAGCUCCAGCCUCUCUCCAGCAGGGAAUUUGUUCUCAGCUCAGUCCUAACCCAGCUCAGAGCUCGGGAACACUGAGACCAAACCAGCAGCUCCCUGGGCUGGUGUCCUCCAAAAUCCAGGUUCCCAGGACAUCCAGUGCCUGAAAAGGAAUAAAUGUUUAACUCUGACAAUGCCAGAAAGGAAACUCCUCCUCCAUGGCCGAGGGCAGGGCUGCCUUUGCUGUUACCCCUCAGGUUUUGUUCCCUGUUUUUAUCUUCACUUUGGCUAAAGCAGCUUCUUUGUUACUGAUCUUAAACUCUGAGAGUCUGAUCAACAGCUCUCGAGUUUUUCUGCCUGUUAUGGGUUGUUUUGAUGCUCUUGUGUUGUUCCAGUGAACCAGAAAUGCCCCAAUAUUGCACAUUUCCUUUGCUCUUAAACAGACUUUCUGGAGGUCUGUGUACAUACACAGGAUUUGAUCCAAAAUGCAGAUGUACAGGAGCACCUGAAAGAGGAUUAGGGGCCAGAACCUAAAAAUGUAUUCCUUUCUUCCAUUUUAUAAAUUAUUACAUUUGAAAAACAAUUUUCACCAACUAGAAGGUAAAAGAAAUGUAAUUUUGCACACUUUAGAUUCCAUCUGGCUGCCCUGAGUCUGAUCAGGUGCAACAGCCAUUUUGAUUUUACAUCACCAAAGAAUCUGCUCUAAUAUAUUUUCAUCUUCCUAAGCACAGGUACUUCUGUGCUGUGAGUCAUUUAAGACUAAUAGUUGCAUUCUAAAAAUGACUUACAGUUGUGUCAGCACAACGUGCAGCCCCAGCACCAUAAAGCUCAUUUUGCAGUCUGUACAACCCUGAGCUCCCACAAAAAUUUUAUUGGCCUUUUUGUAAGAGAUGAAAAGAUAUCAACACAAUUCCCUUCAAACACGGGGAGCUGGGUUUGUUAUUAUUUUUGUCUCUGGCAGCAGCUGCUCUCCCCCUCUCCGGGCAUCGCUGGCCUGCAGCAGGUUCAGAGAAGCUUGUUCAGCAUAAAUCACCCAAACAUGGAUCCUGUAGGACUCCAGGGUAUUAACAGCACACCACAGGGCCAUUCUUUUCUUCCCACUUGUGAGUUUUAACACAUUCAGUAACAGAUAAAUUCCAGAGCAUAUUUCUCACCACAAAAAAAUCCAGCUUUGUGUGCACGGAGAACUAGAACAGGGGAGGAACUGUGCUGGCUGCCUGCUCACCAGGUCAAGCUUUUUUUUUUUUUUUACCCAGGCUGUUUCUGCCUGUAAAACACAGAUUUAAGCAAAGGGGCUGCUUAGUUCUUGGAAGGUAAUUAACUGAGUGGAAAAACAGGAAAUUAGAUUUCCAAGUCCUUACCGGCCGUGAACGAUUUCGAGAGUUCACCUUUCUGGCCUUUCUCUAAUUUCACUGAUCCCCAGGAAUUUCUCCACUUGUUCCCCAGCAGCAGAGGUGGUGGGAAUAACUCACCGAGGGCCUUUGCCACGUUAACCCAGCUGAGGGAGGUUUUCCAGGGGUUGUUCAUUUCUGGGCUGUGGUUUGGUGGAAUUACUCCCUCGACACCGUCCUUGUUUCAGCAGAGGCUGGAGGCUUUUCCAGGGCAGCAGUGAAAUGGCACCUCUGGCACUUUCUGGAAAAGUAACAGUGGUCUAAUUAAAAUGACUGAAAGGAUUCCUGAGCAAACACAAUAACUUAAAACACACAACACCUGUAGCCACAAACAACACUCAGUAUGCUGGCAAACAUCACGAAUCAUUUUCCAGUAAUGCCUUUUCUCUCAUUGCCAAUACCAGCAGAAAUGGUAGCAAAAAUCUCCUUUCCAACACGAGACAGAAAGAAAUCAGUCACUCUAAGAUUAAAGACUCACUUAGAGAAUUGUUUGGUAGUGACAGUGUCUGCAGUGCAGGAGGCAGAACCCGAGUUCUGCUCCUUGCCACAAGUCAAGGAAAAACCUUUAUCUGUACCCGUGUUCACUGUUCUGUCCAAGAAUAACAUAAGUGUCUAGGAACUUGCCACUAUAUUUUUUGUAUUAGAGGUGAAUAGUACAGACUCUACUAGUGUUUCUUGUCUGGGGCUCGGGGGGGGGUAGGGGGUGUUGUUGUAAUUUUCGAGCUGUUGCAAAAGCUGCUUUAACUGAGCUGUCGAGUUGUCUUGACUGGUUUGUGCUUUACAAGGGCGAGCCCGGGUGAGCUGGGGCUCACCUCGUGUCCCGGGGGAGCUGGAGCUGAAGUCACCUGUGAGCCAUGGCCAGGGCACAGGGGUCAGCUGGGCUGUCCCUGCCCUGGCCCAGUCGGAGCCUCCCCUCCCGUGUCAGCAGCCGCUUCCUUCGUCCGCCCUGCCAUGAACCCCUGGGUGCAGAACUGUCCUUGUGCAGCCCCCAGGAGAUGCCAACCCCCUGUUCCCUGCUCUCUGUACAUCAACCUCGCUGUCCAACCCCAGGUGUGGCACCAAGGGGAGUCAGAGGGUGCUCUGCACCGAGCCUGGCUCGAGCUGUUGUGGCCCAGGGGGAGGGGAGGACACGGAUCUCACAGCCAGGGGACCUGCCCUGGAAAGGGGAAUGUGCCCUCCCAGAUCCUCCCAGGGAGCUGCCUGGUGCUUGGGGUUUGCAGUUUAAAACAUCUGGUACUCCCCAUGCUGAUAUUUGGAGUGUUAACCCUGGGGUGGUGACACCUUUUCACCGAUUCCUUUGGUUUUCCCCCCAUUUGGGCGCUGAAGGUGGAGGGGGAGGGAGCAAUAUUUGGAGGUGAAGCUGUAGAUCUUUGCAUCCUUUCCACUAAAACCCUGUCCCUGAACCUCCCAGAGUUCCCUGGCUGCAUCCCUGAGCAGUACAUACACACACAGGUAAAUGCCUCAUAGAUUUACUCCUGACAUCACAGAAUUUGUGACCUGGGAGAUGGAGUUGCCUCCUCCCACCUCUCCAACUCAUCCCAUUCUGAUCCCAUUUGAUAACCUGGCUCCAAAACCAUUAAUUAUGCACCUUCUGUUGAUUUGGAUGAAGUAAAAUUGGACUGGUCAGACUCAGAGCAGUGUUACACACCACAAGAGCUAAGAAGAAAAAAAAAAUCCCCAUUGCAUUUUCAACUUGGAAAACUUUUGACCAGCCCUUUGGUGAAAAGAGGAGGGGGAACUUCAACCUGAUCACAAGAAAUGUAAAUUACUUUUUAAAAAGUGAAAACAAACAAACAAAACACAAAUAUUCCUCUAGAGAGACCUAUUUUCUCUUCUGCUCCCUUAUUUUUGUGAUGAGUAGGUUCUGAAAACGUUGGUUCUGGGCUCAUGUGACUGAGCAUCCUUCCCUCCCCCGGGUCCAGUGUGGUUGGAACUGAAGGAGAGCAGAGGUUUGAACCCUUUCUUUAGUAUGAAGCAGAAGGAGCAGGGAGGAGAGACAGAACAUGAAAUCAAAAGCAUGGCCUUGGCUUCAUACCACACUUUCUGUGCCUUGUUCUAUCAAUGUAAAUUCUGAAUGUUGUACAGUAAAAUAUUUGGGAAAGACUCCUUGGAAAAGGCUGCACUGGCUUCUUUUUUUCAGCACAUGUACAUAUAUAAAUAUAUAUACAUAUAUAUAUUUGGUAAUGCCAACCAGCUGUGUUAUAUUGUACUGAGAGAGUGACCCUGGGAGGUUUUGGGUGUUUUCUGGAGGGGCUGCAGAGCUGUGGCCCCAGCCUUUUGGAGAGACAUGUACAGGUGGGGACUCCUGCAUAUCAGUUAUUUAUGAAUAAAGAGUCUUUUACUGA